AGAAACCGCGUUUUUUUAUAUCCGCUUCACAAAUAUCAGAACCAUUAAAUAGAAUUUAUAAUUUAUAAAUGUAAAAAUAACUGCAAAAGCAAGCUAACUGAUAAACAAAGCCUCACCGGAUUCAAGCUGGUCCUUAUGGUCAUGGAUUCCCAUACUCUUUCCCCAUUUUUCUAACGUUUUCCUCUCUCACUCUCCCACGUGCUCUUCCUUAUAAAGCGCCAUUUCACUUCACUCCCACUCUCCAGAUAGUCACCUUCCUACUUCGAUUUCCAUUUCGAUUUCUAAAAUGAUGCUUUGAUUGUGAUACUGACUCGCACGCCAUUUCAAUCACUGCUAUACUCGUGGGUAUGGACAAGUACGAGACUGUCAAGGAUUUGGGGGCUGGCAACUUUGGGGUUGCCAGGCUCAUGAGGCACAAGGAGACCAAGGAGCUUGUCGCCAUGAAAUACAUCGAGCGAGGCCUCAAGAUUGACGAGAAUGUGGCAAGGGAAAUUAUGAACCACAGGUCCCUUCGACAUCCCAAUAUAAUCCGCUUCAAGGAGGUAGUUUUGACCCCCACACAUUUGGCCAUAGUGAUGGAGUAUGCAGCUGGAGGGGAGCUCUUUGAGAGGAUCUGUACUGCUGGCAGAUUCAGCGAGGAUGAGGCUAGAUAUUUCUUUCAGCAGCUGAUCUCUGGUGUCAAUUUCUGUCAUGCCAUGCAAAUAUGCCACAGAGAUUUGAAGCUGGAAAAUACUCUUCUGGAUGGAAGCCCUGCCCCUCGCUUGAAGAUUUGUGACUUCGGUUAUUCCAAGUCAUCUUUGCUGCAUUCGCGACCCAAAUCAACUGUUGGAACUCCCGCUUAUAUAGCCCCUGAAGUCCUCUCCAGGCGGGAGUAUGAUGGCAAGUUGGCUGAUGUAUGGUCAUGUGGGGUGACUCUCUAUGUCAUGCUGGUUGGAUCAUAUCCCUUUGAGGACCAUGCAGACCCCAGGAAUUUUAGGAAAACAAUUCAGCGCAUAAUGGCUGUCCAAUACAAAAUCCCUGAUUAUGUCCACAUAUCUCAAGAUUGCAGACGCCUCCUUUCUCGUAUAUUUGUUGCAAAUCCAUUGAAGAGAAUAACUCUCAAGGAAAUCAAGAGCCACCCGUGGUUUUUAAAGAAUCUUCCAAGGGAGCUCACUGAAUCCGCUCAAGCUAUCUAUUAUCAGAGAGACAACCCAAGCUUCUCCGUUCAAAGUGUGGAGGAGAUAAUGAAAAUUGUGGGAGAAGCUAGAAACCCACCUCCAGUAUCUAGACCUGUCAAAGGAUUUGGCUGGGAAGGUGAAGAUGAAGAAGAGGAAGCUGAGGUGGAGGAAGAGGAGGAUGGAGAAGAUGAAUAUGACAAAAGGGUCAAGGAGGCGCAUGCCAGUGGAGAAUUUCAAGUCAGUUAAGCAGUAUAACUCUUGCUGAUUUUUUUUAGAAAAAUUAGAAGUCACCUAUUAUUAUGUGUAUUAUAAUUAAGAACUGGUAUCAACUGCAAGGCGUUCUAACUUUAUGGUCUUGUUCAUACGAUGUCCUACCUGUAUCAUCGAGAACAUGCAUGCGAACAGUAGUUGUCUAAUUACAUCCUAGAUAACUCUAUCCUUCUUAUCACUUGGCACCUCAA